AGAUAGUGUACGCAAUGAUAUCGUCGCGUUCAUGUCAUCAGGCCAAGACUCAGCACUCGAGAGUGUGGUACUUGGUAGUGGCACUGGUAGAUUUAUCGAGUGUAGAAAUUGGCGUCCAAAGUAAGAGCUGGCCUCUCGCUGUGUGAUCGGAAAGCAGAAUUUCUUCAGCAAUGGCCCUUACUCUGUACCAUCAUCCGGGGUCCUUCUUUUCACAAAGGGUGAGAUUUGCGUUUGCCGAGAAGAAUGUCAAGUACAGGAGCGUGGAGGUUGAGCUCCAUGCAGAGGAAAACUUGGAGCCCUGGUAUGUGCGCAUUAACCCCCUCAUGACCAUCCCAGGGCUGGCAGUGGAGGGAGGCACCAAGUUCAUCGAUUCGGAAGCCAUCAUUGGGUUCACCGACCAGAUUACCCCCAAUCUUCCACUGCUGUUCCUCGACGAGAAAUCUCCCGAAGGCCAGAAAUGCCACCGCUUCCUUCAACUCUUCAAGACGUUUGACGUACAAGUGAUUUCCAUCGGAACACUCAUCAACCCAAAGUUCACCAAGGGAUUCAAGCACCACCGGAGGGCUGCCACAUUUGAGAAUGCUUUCACUUCCCGCAUCAACAAAGCCAAGCGGUACUCUGAGCAGUACAAGGACCUGCGCUACGAGUACCUGAACAAGGCCACCGCCCUCUCCCAAAGACUUCAACAGUUCAAGGACGAGGAAGUCCUCAGGGACAACAUCGAUGCAGCAGAGAGGGCCCUUACCGAAGUGGAGGCAGAACUAGCAAAGGCGAGCGAUGAACAUGGAGAUGUCCCAUUGGAUGAGCAGCCGUGGCUCUGUGGCCAGCAGUUCACUGUGGGCGACAUCUACCUCGCCACUCUCCUCCACCGGCUGCUCCUUAUCGGCUACUCCCACUUCUGGCUGGGCGGCAAGCUGCCCAACGUGGAGAGGUAUUACCAACGCGUCCUGCAGCGGGACAGCUUCCGCAAGAGCUGCCUGUACGCAAAUAGCCCUUUCUGGGGAUUCAUGGCGCCCUUGAUCAGAUAUAAGGUGAAGCAGGCCCUGCCGUGGUUACUGGGAGCUGCGGCUAUUGCAAUGGGGGCCACGGGCGUGUACAUAUAUUUACGGAAGAAAUGAUCCCAGUGCUUUGAGAUAGUAUUUUUUAACUACAUUCCACAUUGCCUAUGUCCAAACCUUUGUACAUGUAUGUCAUGAACAAAUAGAUAAUGAUUUACUAUGUUCAAUGUUAUAGUGUAAUGCAUCGCCAAGCAUUUGCUUAGAAAAAAAAAGAAGCCAUUCUUCAACUUUUGCCAUGAUACAUUAUUGAAUAUUUGCAGAGAGUAUUAUUUUUGUCCCAAAAGGAGGACUUUCAAAAAAUGUCACUAUACAUAUCAGUCAAGUUUUCAACUUCAGCCAAACACCCUAAAAAUAGAUUUUUCUCUCUUGGGAGUCCUUCGCACAGUACAUGUUGAUAUAUUUGUGUCUGUAAUCUCAUAAUUUGCAUUACUCCAAGCUCCUGCUUGGAGCGAUACGGUGGAUUUUCCCUAUCAGGACUGGGCACAGCGAUCAACUUCACCAAGAAGUCAGAACAUGUAGACUUCCUAGAAUUGGCUGCGUGUUUACUAAACAAGUUUGUUUUGACGCCUGUGCACGUUAGCCACUGGAGGCACAGGUAAGAGUUGUUUUAACCCCCAGCUACUGCUGUGAAAUACAUGUGUGAAAGCAGAUCAUGAUCCAAAUUUUGGGAGGGCACAAAUUGUCUUUUUAGGGGGCCCAAAAAUGUGGUGAAUCUAUUUUCCAUGUAACCUUUUCUGGCCUGUCUGAGGGAUUAGGCUAUAUUUAAGGGCUAAAGCACACUUUUGGAAGAAAGAGCAGUGAAGCAGACCAAAAAAUCGCCCUUUAUUCUUCCCACUCCGUGUUCCUAUUAUGUAUACUAAAAAUAGCCUCUCACCCAUCUCUUUGUCAGCAACACGGUCGCUUCUUGUGAAUCCGGCACUAGUGCAAUGCGUAUGCAAUAUCAGUUCUUUUAUGUACUGUAGAUGUUGUAGGUUUUCUUUGAGAUUUCAGGCUUUGAAUGCAAAAUCAUUGCAGUACCAAAGGCACAAGUUUCCAAAUUUUUUUUAUAUAUUCUAAAACCCACGUAUGUGGCUUGUCCUUUAACUUGUAAUUUGUAAACUACAUGGAAGGACGUUCAUUACCCCGUGAAGAUUUUGCAAUGCCUUUAUCUGUACAUACCUGUUAUUGGAAAUGGAUGGUUACAAAGUAAAAUCAGGAUUCUCUGUGAAUGCCAACAUCAGACCCUUGAAGAAGUGUUUGAUGUAUGAAAAUUGUUGGGAGUUUUCCAUGGAAUUAGGUAGUUUAUAACAGCAGGAGUAAGCAAUAUAUUUUCUUCGUGGAUUUUAAAUGGAUUAUGAAGCAAAUACAUUUGUAAAAAGUAGACAAAUUCAAAUCUAGACAAAAUUCACAUUUGAACUUGAACAUGACACACCAUAAGAAACUACCUAGGAACUUGCUCUAUUUCCCACUCCGACUGCCCCAGUCACUAAGGAAUGUUUUUAAUUAAAUGUACAUUUCUGAAGGUUGACACAUUAUGAUUUUAAAAUGUUUUUAAAAUUAACAUUCAAUUGGGUAAAUAAAUCUUGAAUUGAUCUUAGCAGAUAAAAAACCCAUAGAACUGUAUUUUUAUCAUUUCAUCUUUUCAUUUGAUCUUUAAAGUUGUUAAAACUUACAUGCAUAUUUAGGUCUUGACACAAAUCCUUAGUAAAAAUUUGAUACAAAGAUUGCAGCCAAAAUAUGAUAAAACAGUACAAGAUCUAGGUAAAUUGUUAGGAACUGUGCUGAAGUAAAGAAGUUUAUUUCAUUAGGAGGUGGGAGGUGGUUUCUUCUGGAUUUACACACCUGUUUCAUGGCCAAUUCUGAAUUUCUUUGCUUUUCAUCAAUACUAUAAACUCUCCCAGAUUCCUCAAACCCACUUGGAGGUUUUGGAGGAGCCAACUGCCUUUAUAAUUUUACAUGGGGCUUGGUGCACCACGAAGGGGGGCAUUGUUUCGCUCUCUCUGACGUGAUACACUACUACACGAGGCAAUUCGUUGAUCUUGCAACAUUAUCUGUUGAUCUUUAGUUCAGCCAUUGGCCAAUCUCAUUUUCAUUCAAAUUAAUGGCUGUUGAAAAUUGUUUUUAACCGGGAAGUAAAGUCCAAGAUUUCCCAUACGAACAACCGAUUGGGCUAAAAUGGACUAAAAUUUAUGAGCAAAAAUGCCAAGAAAGUGGUAAAUGCUUAAUGAGUCGUCAGCAAUGUAUUGAACAAUAAAUAACACUUAUCUUUUAUGGAAAUUUGUAGAGAUUUUGAAGGUCACAUUUGGUAUCUGAAUUUUUUCUGCCAGCUUUAGUGCCUUUCUUUUAAAGUUUACAUCGUACUGCCUUGUAAUUAUUGAGCAAAUAGCCAUCUUAAAUUUAUUAAACUGCCUUCUACAUGUACAUUGAA